AUGGGUCGUCGAGUCAUCUCCAAUGGCUGUCACUUGGCGGAGCAGAAAAACGGCGACUUUGCGGCUCUCUAGCGGCUGUCACCCGACGGAGAGGAGCUGGAUGGAGGUGGGGCACAUGUUAGGGAGCUUCAUCCUCAGGUCCGCGCAGCAAGAGGAGGCUCUUCAUCGCAUCUGGUACGCCCUCAGGAGGUGGCGACUCGUCUCCCGGUGAAUCGUCUUCUUCUCGAUGACGGCUUGUUCGUCGAUCAAUCGGAGAUGAUUUACUCGAUGGAUUCGCGAUCCUUUUAUCGCGAAUCGUUCAACAAUUUUAGUAGCAAUGCUCUGCGAAUCGUGUUGAUGAGAUUUUUGCCGAUGAUCCAGCGAUUCUCGUUGCUUAAUCCUUCACUGGUGAUUUGCAGGAAAGUCGUGAUAGUCAGAUAAAAAUAUAUGAAUUUUGACUCUAGGAGGAUUCGAACCCACGUAGGUCGCCCGCCUCUUCUGAGGAAGGUGUGACGCGGGUUUAGUCCCACAUUGGUUGUGUGCUGAUUUUUCGGGCGAAUAUAAAGUAAUGUUAGCUUUCUAAGCAAAGUCCCUUCUCUCGUGUGUACGACCACUCCUUCCCCACAGCCGGCUGGCCACCGGUGACAUGGAAGGGGAGUGGCGCAUACAUGCUCCUAUCAGUCCAAGCUAAGCCGCUCGAGCCCCUACUUGCGGCUACUCCCCGACUGUGCUUCCGACCCGCUUGCAGGCCCGGCUGGCUGGCGGGUCCCCCCUUUUUUGCAAUAUUUUUAUUUUUAUUUUUUGUUCUUUCAAAAGUAAGAUUGUAAAAAUCGUAUAAAAUCACAUAAUUACCCAAAAAUUCACGUUAAUUAACUAAAAAUUACUUUUCACACUUUAACACAAAUAUAAGUCUAUUUAUCAUGAGUUAAGGCUAAAACUAUAUUAUUUACUAAUUAUUAACUCAUGAUAAUGAAGACUUAUCACACCCCCCAACUUAAAUCAUUGUUAGUCCCUUAGUAAUGGAAUUAUGAAAAUAAAAUUUUACAAAUCUCAAACAUCAUAUUUCAAUACAGAAAAAAAAUACAAUUAGAAAUGAUGCACCUUUAAACACUUUGGAUUCUUAUAUCAAGUAUUUAAGAAUGAUGUCAAUCACUUAAAUGUUUAAACACUCCUUGGAAUAACAAUCUAGACUUCACUUCUUCUAUUCACAUCUUUAUCACUUCUUCACUCAUAGAUGUAUUUACAAGAUGUUUCAAUUAUCAAUACUCAUCCAAGAAUAAUAUUGAUCCUACAUUUCCCUUUUUCUAUGGCUUGAUUUUUGAAGUUUGCACUAUAUUUCUUCCUUUUUUUUAUUUUUUUUUAUUUUAAUAUAGUGGAUAAGUAGCUUUUCUUGUAGACAAAUUUCAACAAUAAGAAUGAUGUCUCACAUCCUCCAUGUGUACUCUUCAUUUUCAGGGCUUUCACUUUAUCCACUUAUUUUUCAGCAAGUAUUUUUCUAUACACGAUUUUCGACAAUGAGAAUGAUGUCUCACACCCUCCAUGUGUACUCUUUGUUUCUAGAUUUUUCACAUUGCUCUCUCUUUUUUUUUUUUUUUUUGAAAUAAGUGAUUUCUCCUCACAAGUCCUAUAGAUCAAGGUGCAAAAAUCUCCAUUAAACUCAAAUGAUCAAUCAAAUUUUCACAUCAAGUAAAUACUAUCCAUCAAGAUCAUGAAGUGAAAAUUAGUAAAAUCAAAUCCAUGUUAUCUAUCAUGUAUCCAAAGAGUAUUCCAACAUUUCAUGCUACUAGAUCAUUCUUUUGACUCAAUAAUAAUCUUCCUAGUAUCUAUUUGGUAUCAAUCAAUCUAAUUGAUUUAAUUUUUCAUGCAUGCAAUAUGAUGUAAGAAAUUUGUAAAUUAGAUAGUUCUGAGAGUUCUGUUUUCUAUUUUCAGUUCUAUUUUUAGCACAAUAAAUUUGUCAAAAAUAAAUCAAAACUAUCCUUUUUAUAGCUGUAAUUUCGAAUUUCAGUAAUAUAUAUCUAGGGGAUUGAAAUGUGAAAAAAGGGUUUCUAGAAUUUCAAAUUUCGGGCUAUUUUUUUGUCUACUAUUUUUGACAGUCUGUUGUUCCUGACAUAAAACCAGAAAAUAGAUGUUGCAGUUUUUCUGAAUUUUAUUUUAUUUUUAUUUUUUUAGUUGCUGUUCUAAGUUGAAUAAAAUACAAACACAUGUUCUUAAUCGUCCUACAGCAUAAAUUAAUAAUGAAUACUUCACCCCCCAACUUAAAAAUGACAUUGUCCACAAUGACACAGAAAAAUCGAAACAGAAUAUGCAGAAAAUAUAAUUUUCAAGUGAAGCAUGCAUAUCUGCAAAGUUAAGCAUUAAAAAUAUUUUCAUAAAUGAUGAAGCUCAGAAAGGCAUCACCUCAACCUCGUUUUUAAUUUUCCACUUCAUCUUACACUCCUCCUCUUGCACUUUUUCAAAAAACAAAUACAGAAACAGGUACUGUGAAAUUCUAAGGAAAAACAGAGUUAAAAAAUAAAUAAAUCAAACAGAAUGAAAUAAAAACCAUGGGUUGCCUCCCAUGCAGCGCUGCAUUUAAUGUCUCCAGCUGGACAGCUCUUAGAUCAUAUAAGAUGAUCUAUGGCCAUCAAAAUAUAUUUGUACCCCAAGGUAAGUUUCAUGAUAUUCUUUUUCAGAUUUAGCAUAAAUUCAUAUACUUCAUAUAUAUACCUUGACAUACUUUCAGCCAAAACAAAAUGGAAAUUAACAAAAUUUUCCCAAAAAUAAUAUUUUCAUUUUGAAAAGAAUCUUUCCUUAUUUCUAUCUUGUUUUGUAAGGCUCUCAUUCAUUAAUAAAUACUUUCUAUUAAUAGACCAUAAAAUGUGAGCAGGCCAUAUAAUUUUCAUAUUAGCUCUUGCCCAAUCUAGAAUUUUUUCAUCUAAAUUGAUAUCUCUAAUUCUUCCAUUCAUCUAUUUCUUAAUGUCUUCUUUUAUCUGCAUAAUCUUCCCCUGCUCCAUUUUAUCUUCCAUACAUAUUUGUUCAAUUUGCGAGGAGUGAAAUAUUUCAAGCUUAGAAAUAAUUCUAAUGGGUUGUGGGUUUUGAAGGAUGGAACGAUUGUCUUCUUUAAUCUCAGAUCUAAUGAAUUCAGUAAAAUUCAAAUUUUCUCCUCCAAAAUUAUCUCUAUAUUGAUAUCCAUUAUUUUUGUUUCUCCCCAUUAGUUGAAUCAACUCUUUUUCUUGCUUUUCGUUUCUCAACUCAUCAAAUUCUUCAUCUUCCCAAGAGCUAUCUUUUAAUUUUGGUAUAUUAUAUACAUCAUCAUCUUCACAAUCAACAUCCAUGGCUGUAAAAUUAUGAUUAGAUUCAUUAAUUUCGUCUCCUACAUCUCCCAAAUCAACUAAUUUUUCCUCACCUAAAAUACGUUUUUCUUCAUUUCUGUCCUUACUCCCUUCUACUAAAAUUUGGAUCAUUUUUCCAUGAUCAGCUGCUGUUUCUUCAUCUAAGGGCUCUUUCUCCCCAUCAUCCUCACUAUAUUCAUUCAUCAAUUGUGAGCAAUAAAUGAUUUUAUUCAAAUUUUCUGCUACUAUAUUUUCAGCUUUAAUAUUCUCAUUUACUUCUAAUGGAUCAUCAAUUUCUUCUAAUAAUUGAAAAUAAAGAUCAGGUAAAAUAUUCUCAAUCAAUGUAUUCACUGUCCUAACAUUUUCAUUUCAUGGGUUUUUUUCUAAAUUUAUCUAGCUACACUCUCUUUGCUGAAAUCCUACUGUUGGAUAGUUUCCUGAAUUUUCUAUGGGCUAACUAGGUGGCUGUCCCUCUUCUCUCUUAUUCCCAAGAGCCUCUAUAAUUUGUUUCUGGUGCAGCAUCAUUUGAUUCAUAGUUUGUUGCAUCAUUUGACUUAUAAUUUGUUGCAUCAUUUGGCUCAUUUGCUGCAUCAUUUCUAUAGUAUCAUAAUGGGUUUGAGAGGGCUAAUUGUUUUGAAAUCUGUUUUCUUGUUUUGGAUGAAAUUCAGAGUUUUAAUUAGAUCUAAAUGCUUCUGGAUCUUGAAUAUUAUUUGGGUUUCUCCACGAAAAAUUAUUCCCCCAAUUAUGAUUAUAAGAAUUAGAAAAAUAUUCCCCAUUUUUACUAAAAUCGUGCGGUACUUGCACUUGUUUUUGCCUAGGAUGAUAUUGAAAUUCGAAAUGAUCAUUUUCACCAUACAUAGGACGUGUACUAUUUGAAUUAAAUUGAGGGUUAAGAGGCUUUCUAAUAUUGUCAAUAAGUAAAUCAAGUUUUUCUAAUCUUUGAUUAAUUUGAUUAACUUCAUUUCUAAGUUUAGAAUCAUCAUCAUGAUGCAAUUCAUAAAUUCCUCUCUUCUUAUCCCUGUCAUAUAAUUCAAAAGAGGCUUGAUCUCUAGAAUUUUCACUUAAAUUCUCAUAAAGACUGUAAAUCUCAUCAAGAGUUUUCUCCAUAAAAGUUCCUCCACAUAUAGAAUCAAUCAUAUUUCUAUGUUGUUCUAAUAAUCUAUCAUAAAAAAUUCUAUUGAGCUGCCACUUGGGUAUAGCAUGAUGAAGACACUUCCUAAGUAAAUCUUUGAAUUUUUCCCAUGUCUCAUGCAAAGUUUCUCCUGGUCUUUGAGAAAAACUCCAUAUAUGUUUUCUCAUAUUUUGAGUUUUUCCUAAGGGAUAAAAUUUUCGAAGCAAGGCCUGUUCUAUGUCUUUCCAACUAGUUAAUUCUCUAUUUAAUGUGGAUAGCCAAUGACUAGCUUUGUCCCUAAGUGUAUGAGGGAAUAAUUUCAUCUUAAUAAUUUUUGGUGUAACUUGAGGGAGAUUAACUAAAUCACAGACUAUAUGAAAUUUUUCUAAGUGCUGAUGAGGUUCCUCUAAAGGAAAUCCAUGAAAAUUAGGGAGCAUUUGAAAAAUUCCUAGAUUUACUUCGAAUUUAACAUUGGGUGCUAAUGGGACUCUAAUAUUGGAUGCUCUUUGAAAUGAAUAUGGGAUAUAAUGAUUUUUCAUGGCCAUAGGAUUGUUCUCAGUUUGACCUGUACUUCCCUCAGGAUCUAUCAAAAUUAAUUUUUCUUUCGGAUUUUUAUUUUUGAAUGAAAUAAUGAAAGGAUUUUCUAGCCUUGGAUGCAAAGAUCUUCUACCAUGCAUAAAAAUCAAUAAAUUUGAGGGAAAAAUUUAGUAAUUGUUACCCUCCUUCAGUAUGCUCCAUUCCUUGCCUUACUUUUUUUCGUUCCCUUUUUCUAAAAAAGAAAUCGGCAAAAAGAAAAUAAAACAAGAGUUAAAUUUUUUUGUGUACUCAAAGAGAAAAAUAGAAAAGUAUUAAAUAUUAUGCAAUACAUCCUCGGCAAUAGCGCCAAAAUUUGACGUGACUCAGUCAUUGUAUAUUAAAUCACAUAAAUAUAAAAUUUAUAAAACUAGAAAAUACGAAUUUUCAGAUAUUUAGAAGUAUUUCUAAAUAAAUAUAUCAAUUAUAAUUCAAUUAAACUUCCAAAAAUAGUGGCAAUUUUCCAAGUCGAUCACAGGGAUGUAAUAUAAUAUCUGGUAAUUUUUCAGAAUUUUCCUCAAAAACUACUAUUUCUAUGAAUUUUAUACUAAGAAUUGAAAAGGAAAUAUAUUUAAAAUUCACGAAAAAAGGAAAUAAGGGUGCGGGCAUCAGGAUGACAUCAACGCCCGGUGAACGUGAAUCUGACAGAAAUAGAGUUCUGCUCGGCGAUUCUUACGUAAGCAAUUAUAGAUGAUUUAAUUGAUCAAAUUAAGAUCUAUAAAAGCCGGAAGAAUCGUAAUAGAACAAAGUAUAUUUUAGUAAAUUAAAAUCACAAAAACUAUCAUUAAAUGAAGCGUAAAGUAAGUUGAAAGCAGGAAAAUAGAGUUCUAGCGUCACGACGGCAAUGCGUCGGCGAUGCACCAAAAUUCUGAGCAUUAGGGAGGAUCGUCGUGCAGUGUCCACGGCCUCGAAGGCUCUGCUUGGACAAAGACGACGUGGGCAAUCUCUAGAUCUUCUCGUGAAGUCUAGAGAUUAAUGAAAUGGGUCGUCGAGUCAUCUCCGGUGGCUGUCACUCGGCAGAGUGGAAAAACGGCGACUUUGCGGCUCUCUGGCAGUUGUCACCCGACGGAGAGGAGCUGGAUGGAGGUGGGGUGCGUGUCAGGGAGCUUCAUCCUCAGGUUCGCGCAGCAAGAGGAGGCUCUUCAUCGCAUCUAGUAUGCUCUCAGGAGGUGGCGACUCAUCUCCCGGCGGAUCGUCCUCUUCGCAACGACGGCUUGUUAGUCGAUCAAUCGGAGAUGAUUUACUCGAUGGAUUCACGAUCCUUUUAUCGCGAAUCAUUCAACAAUUUUAGUAGUAAUGCUCCGCGAAUCGCAUUGACGAGAUUUUCGCCGAUGAUCCAGCGAUUCUCGUUGCUUAAUCCUUCACCGGUGAUUUACAAGAAAGUCGCGAUAGUCAGAUAAAAAUAUAUGAAUUUUGACUCUGGGAGGAUUCGAACCCGUGCCGGUCGCCCGCCUCUUCUGAGGAAGGUGUGACGCGGGUUUAGUCCCACAUUGGUUGUGCGCUGAUUUUUCGGGCGAAUAUAUAGUAAUGUUAGCUUUCUAAGCAAAGUCCCUUCUCUCGCGUGUACGACCACUCCUUGCCCCACAGCCGGCUAGCCACCGGUGACGUGGAAGGAGAGUGGUGCACACGUGCCCCUAUCGGUCCAAGCCAAGCCGCUCGAGCCCCUGCUCGCGGCUACUCCCCGACUGUGCUUCCUACCUGCUUGCGGGCCCGGCUGGCCGGCGGGUCCCCCCUUUUUUGAAAUAUUUUUAUUUUUAUUUCUUGUUCUUUCAAAAGUAAGACUGUAAAAAUCGUAUAAAAUCACAUAAUUACCCAAAAAUUCACGUUAAUUAACUGAAAAUUACUUUUCACACUUUAACACAAAUAUAAGUCUAUUUAUCAUGAGUUAAGGCUAAAACUAUAUUAUUUACUAAUUAUUAACUCAUGAUAAUGAAGACUUAUGAAAAAUCAAAUAGGAGUAGAAGAGGAUUUUAUAGAUUCUACCAAGGAAAUUUCGAAAGAGAGGACGACCAUUCCAUUUCCUAAAGCUCUAAAACCUAGAGAAAGAAAGAAAAAGGAACACAAUUAAGAAAUAAAGAAAAUUUUACAAGAUGUGCAAAUUAGUCUUCCUUUACUCACUACCAUUGAACAUAUUCCUGAAUAUGCUAGAGUUUUGAAAGAAAUGUGUACACCAAAAAGGGCACCUAGAGUAGAAAAAUUAUCUAUGCAUGCUAGUGCAUUAUUAUUAAAUCAAUUACCAUAUAAAUUGAGAGAUACAGGUUCCCCUUUAAUUUCGUGUGAUAUUGGUGGAUUCAUUUUUCAGAAUGCAUUACUUGACACCGGUGCUAGUAUUAAUUUAUUACCUAUAAGUAUUUGUGAUAAAUUUAAUAUUUCUGAUCUUAAACCUUCUGCUAUUACCUUAUAAUUUGCUGAUAGAUCCAUAAAACAUCCUAAAGGUAUUUUAGAAAAUGUGAUAGUGACAAUUAAAGGGUGUAAAUUUCCAGCUAAUUUUGUAGUGCUGGAAAUGGAUUUUAAUGGACAGUUUUAUGAUACACCAAUCAUCCUAGGGAGACCAUUUUUGCAUACAGCAAAGAUGAAUAUUGAUUUUCCCACAGGUAUUGCGAAAAUUUCAUGUGGAGAUCAAUCAGUAGAAAUUAAAAUUUUUGAGAUAUCAAAUGAUCUUAAGAAAUCCCUAGUAUAUGAUUGAUUUUGAUGAUCCAGAUGUUAUUGAUGACUAUGUGCUGGAAGAAUUAGAGGAAAUAGAGAAUAUAAAUUUAGAAGAAAAGAAAGAGGAAGAUCAUCUGAAUUUAGAGUUGAAACCUCUUCCCUCUAGUUUAAAAUAUAUGUUUUUGGAGAAAAAUAAUUCAUUUCAUGUUAUUAUUGUUGCUGAUUUGAGUGAUGAACAGGAAGAAGAAUUAUUAGAUGUACUUUGAAAAAAUAAGAAGGCUAUGGGCUGGAAAAUGGAUGAUCUAAGGGGCAUUGAUAUGAGUGUAUGUAUGCAUAGUAUAUAUCUAGAGGAGGGGGCUAGAACUAGCAGGGAACCACAACAAAGAUUAAAUCCUAACAUGAUAGAAAUUGUAAAAAAAGAAAUUUUAAAGUUGUUGGCUGCUGAUAUUAUUUAUCCUAUUUCAGAUAGCAAAUGGGUUAGUCCUACACAAGUGGUGCCAAAAAAAUCAGGGAUCACGGUUAUAAAAAACGAAAAUGGGGAUGAAAUAUAAACAAGAUUAACUACUGGUUGGAGGGUUUGCUUUGAUUAUAGAAAAUUAAAUUCAGUUACUAGAAAAUAUCAUUUUCCCCUAUCAUUUACUGAUCAAAUUCUAGAAAAAUUAGUUGGAAAAAACUUUUUUUGUUUUCUGAAUGGAUACUCUGGUUAUAAUGAAAUUUAUAUAAACCCUUUAGAUCAAGAAAAAAAUAACUUUCACUUGUCCAUUUGGUACUUUUGCUUUUAAAUGCAUGCCUUUUGGUCUGUAUAAUGCUCCAGCCACAUUUCAAAGAUGUAUGCUGUCUAUUUUUUUUGAUAUGAUUGGAAAAUGCAUGGAGAUUUUUAUGGACGAUUUUUCUAUUUUUGGUGAAUCAUUUGAUGAAUGCUUAAAUCAUUUAUAGCAUGUACUUGAGAAAUGCAUAGAGAACAAAUUAGUUUUGAGUUGGGAGAAAUCACAUUUUAUGGUUAAAGAGGGAGUUGUGUUGGGUCAUAUUGUGAGCGAAAGGGGUUUAGAGGUGGAUAGAGCAAAAAUUGAUAUUAUAUCUAAAAUGAAACCUCCAAAUUCAGUAAAACAGAUUAGAUCUUUCUUGGGUCAUGCGGGUUAUUACAGAAAAUUUAUUCAAGAUUUUUCAAAAAUUUCUAAACCUCUCACCAUGCUAUUAUCUAAAGAUGUGCCUUUUAAUUUUGAUGAGAAAUGUUUUGAGUCUUUUUCCGAAAUAAAAAGAUUACUUAUUGAGGCACCCAUUUUACAAGCUCCUGAUUGGUCCCUUCCCUUUGAAAUAAUGUGUGAUGCAUCGAAUUAUGUAGUGGGGGCCGUUCUAAGACAAACAAAAGAGUCAAAACCUAUAGUAAUUUCAUAUGCUAGUAAAACUAUAUCCGAUGUUCAAUUAAAUUAUACCACGACUAAAAAAGAGUUGUUAGUUGUAGUAUUUUCGUUAGAAAGGUUUAGAUCAUAUAUUUUGGGAGCUAAAAUUAUUAUUUUUACUGAUCAUGCAGUAUUAAAAUAUCUGUUAAAUAAGAAAGAUGCAAAGCCACAUUUAUUAAGAUGGAUUUUAUUGUUGCAAGAAUUUGACUUAGAAAUAAAAGAUAAAAAAGGUUUUGAGAAUGUUGUUGCUGACCAUCUUUCUAGAUUAAGUGUUACAAGAAUAAAUGCAGCACCUUUACAAGACGCAUUUCUAGAUGAACAAUUGAUGGCAGCUCAACAUCAACCAUCACCAUGGUAUGCACAUAUUGUUAAUUUUCUGGUUUUUGGAAAAACUCCUAAAUAGUGGGAUAAGAACAGAAAACAUCAUUUCUUUUCUAAGAUUAGAAAUUAUUUUUGACAUGAUCCUAAUUUAUAUUACUUGGGCAAUGAUCAAAUCUUAAGGAGAUGUGUUCCUGAAGAAGAAUAUCAUAGCAUUAUUAACAUGUGCCAUUCAUCUAAUUGUGGAGGACAUUUCUCUAGACGAAAAAUAGCUGCAAAAAUUUUUCAGUGUGGUUUUUAUUGGCCUAUAAUCAUUAGAGAUUCUAUAGAAUUUAGUAGAACAUGUAUUUCAUGCCAAUCUAUAGGUAACAUGAGUAAAAAAGAUGAAAUUUCCAUGAGUAACAUGUUAGUAGUCGAAAUUUUUGAUGUAUGGGGAAUAGAUUUCAUGGGUCCCUUCCCAUCAGCUGAAAAAUAUGAAUAUAUUUUGCUUUCUGUUGAUUAUGUGUCGAAGUGGGUGGAAGCUAUUCCUACUAGAACUAAUGAUCAUAAAAUCGUGAUGAAAUUUAUGCAGGAAAAUAUUUUUUCAAGAUUUGGAUGUCCUAGAGUGAUUAUUAGUGAUGAAGGAACACAUUUUACAAAUAAACAUUUUAGGGAAUUGUUGAAAAAGAAUAGAGUACACCAUAGAGAAAUGGGCAAGCUGAAGUAGCAAAUAGGGAAAUUCAGAGAAUUUUGAGAAAAAUAGUUAAACCAGAUAGGAAAGAUUGGCCCACGAACAGCUUAUAAAAAUCCCAUAGGUAUGUUCCCAUUUCGUCUCAUUUUUGGAAAGCCAUGUCAUCUUCUUGUGGAAAUAGAGCAUAAAGCAUUAUGGCCUAUAAAAAAUUUAUGUAUGGAUGAAAAAUCAGCUGGUGGGCAUAGAAUUUUUCAGCUACAUGAACUAGAGGAGUUGAGGAAUGAAGCUUAUGAAAAUCAUAGAAUAUAUAAAGAAAAAAUUAAAACUUUUCAUGAUAAAUACAUUAGCAGAAAAAAAUUUGAUGUUGGACAAAAAGUGUGGUUAUAUGAUUCUAGGCUGAAAUUAUUCCCAGGAAAAUUAAAAUCAAAAUGGAAAGGGCCUUAUGUGGUGGAAGAGACAUAUGAUCAUGGGGCUGUAAUGAUUAAAGAUCCUAAAAGUGAUCAUAACUUUAAGGUAAAUGGACAGCGGCUUAAACAUUACAUAGGACAUGAACGCUUUGUAGAAAAAGAAAUUUUAUUAUUAAAAGAAAUUCAAGAGUAAGAUCCAGGAGUCCAGCUGGAGACAUUAAAUUCAGCGCUGCAUGGGAGGCAACCCAUGGUUUUUAUUUUAUUCUGUUUGAUUUUUUUAAGUUCUAUUUUUCUUAGAAUUUCGCAGUACUUCUUUCUGUAUUUGUUUUUUCGAAAAAGUGUAGGAGGAGUGUAAGAUGAAGUGGAAAAUUAAAAACGAGGUUGAGGUGAUGUCUUUCUGAGCUUUAUCAUUUAUGAAAAUAUUUUUAAUACUUAACUUUGCAAAUAUGCAUGCUUCACUUGAAAAUUAUAUUUUCUGCAUAUUCUGUUUUAAUUUUUCUGUGUCAUUGAGGACAAUGUCAUUUAUAAGUUGGGGGGUGAAGUAUUCAUUAUUAAUUUAUGCUGUAGGAUGAUUAAGAACAUGUGUUUGCAUUUUAUUCAACUUAGAACCAUAAUUAAAAAAUAAAAAUAAAAUAAAAUUCGGAAAAAUUGCAACAUCUAUUUUCUGGUUUUUUGUUAGGAACAAUAGACUGUCAAAAACAGCAGACAAAAAACAGCCCAAAAUUUGAAAUUCUAGAAGACCCUUUUCUCACAUUUCAAUCCCCUAGAUAUAUAUUACUGAAAUUCGAAAUUACAGCUAUAAAAAAGAUAGUUUUGAUUUAUUUCUGACAAAUUUAUUGUGCUAAAAAUAGAACUGAAAACAGAAAACAGAACUCUCAGAACUAUCUAAUUUAUAAAUUUCUUACAUCAUAUUGCAUGCAUGAAAAAUUAAAUCAAUUAGUUUAAUUGAUACCAAAUAAAUACUAGGAAGAUUAUUAUUGAGUCAAAAGAAUGAUCUAGUAGCAUGAAAUGUUGGAAUACUCCUUGGAUACAUGAUAGAUAACAUGGAUUUGAUUUUAUAGAUUUUCACUUCAUGAUCUUGAUAGAUAGUAUUUACUUGAUGUGAAAACUUGAUUGAUCAUUUGAGUUUAAUGGAGAUUUUUGCACCUUGAUCUAUAAGACUUGUGAGGAGAAAUCACUUAUUUCAAAAAAAAAAAAAAACAAGAGAGAGCAAUGUGAAAAAUCUAAAAACGAAGAGUACACAUGGAGGGUGUGAGACAUUAUUCUCAUUGUCGAAAAUUGUGUAUAGAAAAACACUUGCUGCAAAAUAAAUGGAUUAAGUGAAAGCCCUGAAAAUGAAGAGUACACAUGGAGGGUGUGAGACAUCAUUCUUAUUGUCGAAAUUUGUCUACAGGAAAAGCUACUUAUCUAUUAUAUAUAAAAAUAAAAAAAAGAAGGAAGAAAUAUAGUGCAAACUUCAAAAAUCAAGUCAUAAAAAAAGAGAAAUGUAGGAUCAAUAUUAUUCUUGGAUGAGUAUUGAUAAUUGGAACAUCUUGUAAAUACAUCUAUGAGUGAAGAAGUGAAAAAUAUGUGAAUAGAAGAAGUGAAGUCUAGAUUGUUAUUCCAAGGAGUGUUUAAACAUUUAAGUGCUUGACAUCAUUCUUAAAUACUUGAUAUAAGAAUCCAUAGUGUUUAAAGGCACAUCAUUUCUAAUUGUAUUUUUUUUUUUCUAUAUUGAAAUAUGAUGUUUGAGAUUUGUAAAAUUUUUUUUUCGUAAUUCCAUUGCAAAGGGACUAGCAAUGAUUUAAGUUGGGGGGUGUGAUAAGUCUUCAGUAUCAUGAGUUAAUAAUUAGUAAAUAAUAUAGUUUUAGCCUUAAAUCAUGAUAAAUAGACUUAUAUUUAUGUUAAAGUGUGAAAAGUGGUUUUCAGUUGAUUAACGUGAAUUUUUGGGUAAUUAUGUGAUUUUAUAUGAUUUUUACAGUCUUACUUUUGAGAUAAAUAAAGAAAAAGAAAUAAAAAUAAAAAUAUUGUAAAAUGGGGGGACCUGCUGGGCCCGCAAGCGGGUUAGAAGCUCAGUCAGGGAGUAGCCGCGAGCAAGGGCUCGAGUAGCUUGGACCAAUAGGGGCACGUGUGUGCCACUCCCCUUCCACGUCACCGGUGGCCAGCCGGCUGUGGGGCAAGGAGUGGUCGUACACGCGAGAGAAGGGACUAUGCUUAAAAAGCUAACAUUACUAUAUAUUCACCCGAAAAAUCGGCGCACAACCAAUGUGGGACUAAACCCAUGUCACACCUUCCUCAAAAGAGGCGGGCGACCGACACAGGUUUGAAUCCUCCUAGAGUCAAAAGUCAUAUUUUUUUAUCUGAUUAUCGCGACUUUCUUGUAGAUCGCCGGUGAAGGAUUAGGCAAUGAGAAUCACUGGAUCAUCAGCGAAGAUCUCGUCAACGCGAUUUGCGGAGCAUUGCUACUAAAAUUGCUAAACGAUUCGCGAUAAAAGGAUCGCGAAUCCAUUGAGUAAAUCAUCUUCGAUUGAUCGACGAACAAGUCGUCGUCGGGAAGAGGACGAUCUGCCGGGAGACGAGUCGCCACCUCCUGAAAGCGUACCAGAUGCGAUGAAGAGCCUCCUCUUGCUGCGCGAAGCUGAGGAUGAAGCUCCCUAACACGCGCCCCACCUCCAUCCAGCUCCUCUCCAUCGAGUGACAGCCGCCAGAGAGCCGCAAAGUUGCCAUUUUUCCGCUCCGCCGGGUGACAGCCGCCGGAGACGAUUUGACGACCCACUUCAUUGAUCUCUAGACUUUGCAAGGAGAUCUAGAGAUUACCUACGUCGUCUUUGUCCAAGGAGAGCCUUCGAGGUUGUGGACACUGCACGACAAUCCUCUCGAACGCCUAGGAUUCUAGUGCAUCGCCGACGCAUCGCCGUCGCAACGUCGGAACUCUAUUUUCAUGCUUUCAAUUUACUUUACGCCUCAUUUAGUGAUAGUUUUUGUGAUUUUAAUUUACCAAAAUAUACUUUGAUCUAUUACUAUUCUUCCGGCUUUUAUAGAUCUUAAUUUGAUCAAUUAAAUUGUUUGUAAUCGCUUACGUAACAAUCGUCGAGUGGAACUCUAUUUCCACCCGAUUCGCAUUCGCCAGGCACUGACGUCAUCCCGACGUCCGCACCCUUAUUUCCCUUUUUUGUGAAUUUUAAAUAUAUUUCUUUUUCAUUUCCUAGUAUAAAAUUCAUAGAAACUCGUAUUCAUUGAGAAAAAAUCUGAAUAAUUACCAGAUAUUAUAUUACAUCUUUGUGAUCGACCUAGAAAAUUAUCGCUAUUUUUGAAAUUUUUACUGAAUUAUAAUUGAUAUAUUUAUUUAGAAAUACUUCUAAAUAUCUGAAAAUUCGUAUUUUCUAGUUUUAUAAAUUUUAGAUUUACGUGAUUUAAUAUACAACGACUGAGUCACAUCAGUACGCCUGCCUGUACUUAGGUUAUGUGGUCAGACCUAGAGUCUAGGGUCCAUACAUUUUGAUCGGAUCAGUCUGACUGCCUCAUCCCGGGUCUUGAGUUUCAUUGAUCAGGUACAAGGGUUCUUGCCACGUCCUGCAUCAUUCUGGAUUUUGAAUAUUAUUUAGGUUUUUUUAAGAAAAAUUAUUCCCCCAAUUAGGAUUAUAAGAAUUAAAAAAAUAUUCCUUAUUUCUACUAAAAUCAUGGGGUACCUACACUUAUUCUUGCCUAGGAUGAUAUUGAAAUUCGAAGUGAUCAUUUUCACCAUACAUAGAACAUGUACUAUUUGAAUUAAAUUGAGGGUUAAGAGGCUUUCUAAUAUUUUCAAUAAGUAAAUCAAGCUUUUCUAAUCUUUGAUUAAUCUAAUUAACCUCAUUUCUAAAUUUAGAAUCAUCAUCAUGAUGUAAUUCAUAAAUUCCUCUCUUCUUAUCUCUGUCAUAUAAUUCAAAAGAGGCUUGAUCUCUAGAAAUUUUACUUAAAUUCUCAUAAAGACUAUAAAUCUCAUUAGGGGUUUUCUCCAUAAAAGCUCCUCUACAUAUAGAAUCAACUAUAUUUCUAUGUUGUUCUAAUAAUCUAUCAUAAAAAAUUCUAUUGAGCUUCCACUUGGGUCUAGCAUGAUGAGGACAUAUUCUAAGUAAAUCUUUGAAUUUUUCUCAUGUCUCAUGCAAAGUUUCUCCUAGUCUUUAAGGAAAACUUCAUAUAUGUUUUUUCAUAUUUUGAGUUUUUCUUAAGGGAUAAAAUUUUCGAAGAAAGGCAUGUUCUAUAUCUUUCUAGCUAGUUAAUACUCUAUCUAAUGUGGAUAGCCAAUGACUAGCUUUGUCCCUAAGUGUAUGAAGAAAUAAUUUCAUCUUAAUAAUUUCCAGUGUAACUUGAGGAAGAUUAACUAAAUCACAGACCAUAUAAAAAUUUUCUAAGCACUGAUGAGGUUCCUCUAAAGGUAAUUCAUGAAAAUUAGGGAGUAUUUAAAAAAUUCCUAGAUUUAUUUCGAAUUUAAUAGUGGGUGCUAAUGAGACUCUAAUAUUGGAUGCUCUUUGAAAUGAAUCAGGGAUAUAAGAAUUUUUCAUGGUCAUAAGCUUGUUCUUAGUUUGACCUAUACUUCCUUCAAGAUCCAUCAAAAUUAAUUUUUCUUUCAAAUUUUUAGUUUUGAAUGAAAUAAUGAAAGGAUUUUCUAGCCUUGGAUGCAAGGAACUUCUACCAUGCAUAAAAAACCAAUAAAUUUGAGGGAAAAGGUUUAGUAAUUGUUAUCCUCUUUCAGUAUGCUCCAGUCCUUGCCUUGCUUCUCUUCGUUCCCUUUUUCUAUUUUUUUUAAAAAUCACCAAAAAAAAUAAAACAAGAGUUAAUUUUUUUGUGUACUCAAAGAGAAAAAUAGAAAAAUACUAAAUAUUAUGCAAUACAUCCCCGGAAAUGGCGUCAAAAUUUGACAUGACUUAGUAGUUGUAUAGUAAAUCACGCAAAUUUAAAAUUUAUAAAACUAGAAAAAUACAAAUUUUUGGAUAUUUAGAAGUAUUUCUGAACAAAUAUAUCAAUUAUCAUUCAAUAAAACUUCCAAAAAAAACGGUAAUUUUCCAAGUCACGAAAAAGUUCACGAAAAGGAAAUAUAUUUUCUCAAAGAAUAAUAUUUUCUAUAAAUUUAACACUAGGAAAUGAAAAAGAAAUAUAUUAAAAGUUCACGAAAAAGGAAAAUAAGGGUGCGGGGACGUCAAGAUGACAUCAGCACUUGGCAAACACGAAUCGGGCAGAAAUAGAGUUCCGCCCUGUAAUUUUUACGUAAGCGAUUAGAGACGAUUUAAUUGAUCAAAUUAAGAUUUGUAAAAGCUGCAAGAAUCGUAAUGGAAUGAAGUAUAUCUUCGUAAAUUUAAAAUCAACAAAUUAUCACUAAAUGAAAUGGAAAUUAAGUUGAAAGCAAGACAACAGAGUUCCGAUGUCACAAUGGCGAUGCGCCGGCGAUGCACCGGAAUCUUGAGCAUUCAGGAGGAUCGUUGACAUGACUUAGUCAUUGUGUAUUAAAUCACGCAAAUCUAAAAUUUAUAAAACUAGAAAAUACAAAUUUUUAGAUAUUUAGAAGUAUUUCUAAAUAAAUAUAUCGAUUAUAAUUCAAUAAAACUUCCAAAAAUAGAGGUAAUUUUCCAAGUCGAUCAUAGGGAUGUAAUAUCAUAUCUGGUAAUUAUUCAGAUUUUUUCCCAAUGAAUAUGAGUUUCUAUGAAUUUUAAACUAGGAAAUGAAAAUGAAAUAUAUUUAAAAUUCACAAAAAAAGGAAAUAAGGGUGCGGACGUCAAGAUGAUGUCAGCGCCCGGCGAACACGAAUCGGGUGAAAACAGAGUUCUGCCUGACGAUUCUUAUGUAAGCGAUUACAAAUGAUUUAAUUAAUCAAAUUAAGAUCUAUAAAAGUCGGAAGAAUCGUAAUACUAUGAGAGAAGGUCUAUUUCAUACGUUCAGCAAGGUGGUACUAUGAGAGAAGGUCUAUUUCAUACUGCCUGUUGACCUCACCUCCUCCACACAUUCAGGUUGCAACUAUUUUGUCACACAAGUUAGCUCUUUAUCAAUGUUAGUCCCGUGGCUAACUCCCAUUAUGUGGCCCCUACCCUUUCCGCUGUUCUCCAUGUACUCAUGGCAUGUUGUCCACAAGCCCAGUGGCCUCUGUAAGACUAGGUCAGUCACCUCUCUAGCACCACCUUACCUCAAACUCAAUUGAAUGUUUUUGUUACUAAUCUGUCAUUAUCGUAAAUAUUUUUACUUUAAAAAUGUUAUCGCAGCUUGGUAGGAUCCUCAUCCAUGAACUAGCAACAAAAAAACAAAUCGUAAUCCACGCUCUUUCUACCUAGUGACCUCAGAUCCCUUGACAAAUAGUUGAGGACAUUCUUCUUCUAGAAAUGUGAAGGUGUGAAUAUUCUUUCACAACACUGAUUACGGUAGAAGACGUCACGUAAAAGAUGCGAAGAAGCCGUAUUAUCGUCAAUAGGCUAUGCGUGUACCCGUAAAAAAAUAAGGUUUUCCGUAGAGCUAUUUUCGAGUGAAAACAGACAGUUCAGUCGGAUAAUAUUUGAAUCAGUCACCGCAAUGAAAUAUAAUGUUUUUUAUUUUCGUGGAGACCGGGAAGAAUUAUUUAAUGUUACCCGGCACGAAUCCUUUAUUCUGCGGUGGUCGUCCUCCAGCGUAGGGUUCAAACGCCGCAGCCGUCACAGCCGUUGAAGAAUAUCCUCUUUUGAAUGUAAUAGCUCAAUGUUCUAGUCAUUUAAUUAAAAAAACUGUAUCUCCCGAAAAUGGAUUCCUUUUACAAUGUAGGUUUGUAAACACGAAUUCUGUCGUCAUCGUUCUAUUAAACCAUCAUUUUUAUUAAAGGGGAGAACUUUUCAAAAGAACGACCGAUUCAGCGGGUAACAUCAGCGGAAAACGACUCGUUAGUAAGAUAUGAUGCGCUGCUCUAUAAGUUUCAGAACCGUUGUUUUAUUUGUCGUCCUCGGGUACUAGUCCAUCUCCUCUUGAAGAAAAUAGUGAGCUAGAGCCAUGGGAUCCUUCCACCAAAGCUGGCGGCAACUCCUACUCCUGUCUUCCCUCUUCCUGCUUCACUCGCUCACCGCCUACCCGGCUGUCUCCGGAAUUUUCUACACUCUCUGCCGGAACCCCGGAACCUACACUGCCAAUGGCACCUUCGAGGCCAACCUCAGUCAUCUCAUCUCGUCCCUGUCCGCCUCUGCCCCGGUCACGGGCUUCGCCAACGACACGGUUGGCUUGGGCCCCGACCAGGUUUUCGGGCUCGCCCAGUGCAGGGAAGACCUCACCGAGGAGCAGUGCGGGGUAUGUCUGGUCGCUGGCGUAGAAGAGGUCACGAGGUUAUGCCCUUACAAAAAGGCCGCCGUCAUGUGGAACGAGACCUGCCACUUGAGGUACUCCAACCAGAGGUUCUUCGGCAAGCUGAGGGGGGAGAAGCUGAUAAGGUGGAUCACUGGGAACGUGACGAGCGACCCCAAUUUUGACCGCAUCCUCCUGGGCCUACUCGACGGGCUAACGGCGCGCGCCGCCGUGUCCCCGCGCAUGUUCGCAACCGGCAAGACGAAAGUGGACGUCUACGACCUAUACGGGCUGGUUCAGUGCACGAGGGACCUCGCCCUCGAUGUCUGCGGUCAGUGUCUGAAAACGGCGAUAGGCGAUGUGCAGAGGUAUUGUGAAGGAAAGCAGGGCGCGUGGGUUAUCGAGGGGAGCUGCGACGUCAGGUACGGUGUUUUUCCCAUUCUUCAACGGCUCCGCCGGCGGCGGCCGCUGAACCCUAUGCAGGAGGACGACCGUCGCAGAAUAAAGGAUCCGUCCUAGGUAACCUUAAAUAAUUCUUCCCGGUUUCCUUCAGAUAAAACGACGUUUGACUUUAUUAUUGCGCGGACUGAUUCAAACAUUAUCCGACUGAACUUUCUGUUCCCACCCUUAAAGAAAUCUAGGUAAGCCUGAUUUUCUACAUGUACACGCAUAAACUUUUGAGGAUAAUGAAACUUAUUCUCAUCUAAUAUUUUGACGACUCCGGGGUAGUUCCGAUAGUGAAAGGAUAUUCGCACCUUUGUAUUUCUAGGAUAAUAAUAUCCUCUUUUCAUUUGUCUAGGGAUCUGAAGUCACUUGGUAGGAAGAGUGUUGAUUGUAUUUGGUUUGUAUAUAGUGAGUGCAUGGAUGAAGAUCCUACCCAGCUUAAUGCCUACUAUUUGGGAUAAUUAGUAACAUAAUAUAUUUUAAACCAAAAGAGUUACGAUAAUGACUGGUUAGAAACAAAACAUUUAAUCAGAUUUUAGGUUUAAGUGUAAUUUCUUAGCUCGCCUGCGCAAAGCCGGACUAACGCUAGAGAGCUGACUGGCCACGAGGGCGGCAGGCCCACGAUAGUGUCAUGAAUACGUGGAGAACGGGAGAAAGGGUAAGGGCCACGUUCUGGGGUUUGCCAAUAAAGAAACACAGAUGAAGGGAUAUCAUGUGUAACCACCACUUGCAGGAAUUUAGUAUUUAUGGAAUUUAAACACUGGGGUCCUCGAACACUGCAUUUAGAAGACUUUCUUACGAGAAUCCUUUUCGCCUUGUGGGCUACUGCUACGUUGGUGCAUGGGGGACGUGGGACGAAAGGGCUGAAUGACAUAGGCCCCUCUAUAAGAGGACCAGCUCGUCCAUACUGAAUCCUCUGUCCGAUUUGUUUUCAUCCACAGUGAAUAUGAAUCGUAGGUAUACUUCAUGUGCUGGUCGAGUUUAAUGAACGAACAGAGAGAAUGAUGCGUUGACAAGACUAUCUAUGAAUUUUGAUAGCAUGAAAACGAUAUGUGAGAUUACGUUGAGACAUUUACUGUCAUGUAGAUAGGACUACAGCUUGAGAGUGAACUGCACAUAUUUAGGAUUAAAAUGGUAAAACGAGAUUUGGUGUCGAGUGAAGGGGAACAUUACUUUUGUCAGCACACUGCCUAUUGCACUAUGAGAGUGUCUUUGUAUAUUCCACUGUGUUUUCACUUUAUUGUAUGACGCUUUUGCCUCUAAAGGUGGACCCUAUCCUUCUUCUAUAAACCUGCCGUGCUCACGAUAAAUCAUAGUGAAAACCAUUAAAUACCUUGAAGGAAGGUGAUAAAAAGUUGUUGAGACUCGAAGGUGCUAGGGGUAGAUGGGGAGCUUGCAACUCUUCUCGGCUAGAACAUUUUAAAGGCUGGGAAGCUAAGAACUUUCUCCUGCACCGUUUCAGUUUUUGGUGCAAGCUUUCAUGACUCAAUGCCAGAUUUAUGAUAUAUGUUGACACCUUUGUAUCCUACCUGUCAGCACUUAUUCUUUUUUCAUUCUACUUUGCACAAUCGGCAGCAAGUUUUGUAUCGACCUUAUCAUUGAGUGCUAUCACAACUAACUCAGGUGUUGACACAUGCUCUUCAAAUAAGUGUGAGCACUUAAAUGCAUGCACUGCCACAUAAUAGCACUCUACGUUUAUUCAUCUGACAAUAUACAAAAAAAGGGUUGAACUCUCAUUGAGAUAGGUUUUAGUUUGAUAAGGUUGUUGACCACUAUCCCUCGUAUGUUAAUAUUUGAAUACUUGUUCAGUCUUUCGAUGUGGUUGCAACCAUUCAGCCUGACAUAGUGCAUUACACCUUGAAAAUUAAGUAUUUCCCUUUUUACAUGAUUAUAUUUCAUCCCAUAUUUCCACUCCAUGGUGUUUGAUUUCUCAGAAAACAUUAAAGGUUUUAAUUAUUGCUAGAAAAUUCGCAUUUCUAUGUUAUUUUCCAACAUCUAGUGGUGUUUAAGGUGCUAACAAUGAAAAGUACACAAAGUGAGGAUUAGAAAAAGGUGAAUAGCUGUACACUUCUACCAAAUACGGACAUAAUUGGGACUUUAACGAGAAGACAAUAUGAAAUAAAGAUGUAACUAGUCAAGCUAAUAAGGGUGAUGAAUACUCUACUGUGUUUAGCUUGAAUAGAUGCCCCCUGAUAUGACUUAGUCAUUGUAUAUUAAAUCACGUAAAUCUAAAAUUUAUAAAACUAGAAAAUAUGAUUUUUCGGAUAUUUAGAAGUAUUUCUGAACAAAUAUAUCAAUUAUAAUUUAAUAAAACUUCCAAAAAAUAGCUAUAAUUUUCCAGGUCGAUCACAGGGAUGUAAUAUAAUAUUUAGUAUUUAUUCAGAAUUUUCCUCAAAGAAUACUAUUUUCUAUGAAGUUUAUACUAAGAAAUGAAAAGAAAAUAUAUUUAAAAUUCACGACAAAAGGAAAUAAGGGUGCGGACGUCAAGAUGACAUCAACGCCCGGCGAAUGCGAAUUGGGCGGAAAUAGAGUUCCGCUCGACGAUUCUUACGUAAGCGAUUAUAGACGAUUUAAUUAAUCAAAUUAAGAUCUGUAAAAGUCAAAAGAAUCGUAAUUGAAUGAAGCAUAUUUUGGUAAAUUAAAAUCACACAAAUUAUCACUAAAUGAAGCGUAAAGUAAGUUGAAAGUAGGAAAAUAGAGUUCUGGCGUCACGACGGUGAUGCGUCGGUGAUGUACCGGAAUCCUGAGUGUUUGAGAGGAUCGUUGUGCAGUGUCCACGGCCUCGAAGGCUCUCUUUGGACAAAGGCGACGUGGGCAAUCUCUAGAUCUUCUCGCGAAGUCUAGAGAUUAAUGAAAUGGGUCGUCGAGUCAUCUCUGGCGGCUGUCACCCAGAGGAGCAGAAAAACAGCGACUUUGGGGCUCUCUGGCGGCUGUCACUCGAUGGAGAGGAGCUUGAUGGAGGUGGGGCACGUGUCAGGGAGCUUCAUCCUCAGGUCUGCAUAGCAAGAGGAGGCUCUUCAUCGCAUCUGGUAUGCUCUCAAGAGGUGGCGACUCGUUUCCUGGUGGAUCGUCCUCUUCCUGACGACGACUUGUUCGUCGAUCAAUUGGAGAUGAUUUACUCGAUGGAUUCGCAAUCCUUUUAUCACAAAUCCUUCAGCAAUUUUAGUAACAAUGCUCCCCGAAUCACGUUGAAGAGAUUUUCACCAAUGAUCCAGUGAUUCUAGUUGCUUAAUCCUUCACUGGCGAUCUGCAGGAAAGUCACGAUAAUUAGAUAAAAAUAUGAGUUUUGGCUCUAGGAGGAUUCAAACCCGCGUCGGUUGCCCCCCCCCCCGCCUCUUCUAA